GGUAUGUGCAAGGGCAGUGGGCGCUGCCAGUGGAAGGUGCGCAGGCGCUGGUCACUAAAAAGAGAUGGCGUCCGAAGGGUACUCGUGUGUUGCUGCCUCAUUUUAUCUGGAUUUACUCAGAACAAGACGGUGACACGGCCCAUGGCUACCUGUGUGUGCUGGUGCAGGCUUGGUGCCUGUCGGGAGGUGCCUGGUAGGGCCGGGAGCUGCACAUGAGGACCAGCGAGGCUCACAAUAUUGUGACAGGUGGCGCUGGGGAGUUACCACGGCGAGCGGCUGGCUGGCUGCAGUGUUUUGGUUAGCACUGGUCAAUCUUGCCCUACACGCUCUAUUAACCAGUGUUUCCGUCUUCCCGACACCUUCUUCCUGCACCAAGCACCGUCAAGCAUCACCAGAGAGGCACGAGUACGUAAGCUAUCCAACAUCAGAACAGUAUAUGAAUAUGGCAAAUGCUGUUUUGACAUCAUUUCCUGCCAUCCUGAGAAACAGUGAUCUCGAGGAGCACGAAUUGCAGCUGCAAUGGAAAUUGCGCAUCCAGCGCAAGUUUCAGAAUUCAAGAAAGAGGCAGGAUUCCUCAGUGACUGAGGUGAUGUCAAGGAAAAAGAAGAUCCCUUGCAUAGCGCCAAAAGAGACUACGUGUCCACUGAUGUAUGGAGUAAAGGCUUACCUUCCACCAAGGCCCCAUUCAGAAGAUGAUGAGUCAUUAGAGAGACAUAGACAGUGGCUUGCUCUACAUUGGAUGAAAAAAGAUCCCGAGUUAGAUAAGGGCACUGGUAUAGCAGUGGGCUAUACUGGUGCCAGUUUGCUGUCUUCCUACGUGGCCUAUCUCUCACCAUGGGUUCCUGCGUGGCUGUGGUUAGCUGUGGGGUCUGUGAUGGUUCUGGGAGUCAUGAUCACAGCUAUCAGUACUGUUGGUGCUAUUUCUACCUUAGCACCAAAUCCUAAGGCCUUCAAAAUGUGUCUUUCAUUACUGCUGAUGGUAAUAGUAACUGAAAUGGGCACUACAAUGUUAGAGUAUCAGAAGAAGGCAUUGUUCCUGAACUCCCUCACCCUUCACAUGAAACAAGAAAUGGAAGUGAGUGAAGCAGCCUAUGGCGUAAAUAUUUCUGACACUCAGAUGUGGGAUGAAAUUCAGCUUGAGAUGAAUUGUUGUGGAACAGAAGACUACGAGGACUGGUUUGACACAACCUUUGGGAAUGGGACAGAUGUUCCUGACUCCUGCUGUUUGCUCAUUUCUGAAGGGUGUGGGAAAGGCAUAAAGAAUGAUGUCACCCCUGAAGAUGAUAUUGAGACACAGGGUUGCCUUCCCACAAUAAUAGACGACCUUAAGCGUGAUGGCGAAACACUAAGUCGAGGAGUGUGGCUGCCAGUGUGUGCCAUGCAUGUUGCUCUGCUGGUUCUUCUGUUGGCUACAUCAGUAUUCCUUCACGAGGGUUACACUGACAGCAAUUUCCCGGGUGUACUCUAGCUCUGAUGUUUUGCCGAGUCCCACUCGCAAGUACAAAACUCUCGUUAAUGACUGUUGAAAUUAUUUUGUUAAAAUUAUUUUAUAAAAAAUGUGUUCUGCUCAUAUAAUUAUAUAAUGUUAUGCAGGAAAAGCAAAUAUGUUGGAAGCAUUGAAAUAUUUGUUUGAUUAAAUUUUCUUUUCAAUAUUGGAUUAGAACUUUGUAGUAUUAUUUAGAAUUGUGCAGUUUACCAAGAUCAUAUUAUUUAAAAUUGUGCAGUUUACCAAGAUCAUAUUAUUUAAAAUUGUGCAGUUUACCAAGACCAUAGUAUUUAAAAUUGUGCAGUUUACCAAGACCAUAGUAUUUAAAAUUGUGCAGUUUACCAAAACUGUAGCCUUAAGUGACAGGUAAAGCUGAACAAUGAAAGCAUUACUUGGCUGGUGUGUGUGUGUGUGUGUGUGUGUGUGUGUGUGUGUGUGUGUGUGUGUGUAAUCUGAAAGUAACUGACUGAAGGUAUUUUUCCUUAAUGUAUUGCUUUUUUCCUAUAUGUGCUCCAAGGAAAGCAGGCCUUGUUGAAUUGAUAUACUCUUAGAAAAAAAAAGUACUCAUGUUUUCCAAGUCAGUAAAUCAUAUGAGAAAGAAAAUAUUAUCAUGCACGAUCAACAACAGCUGAUCUCGUAAAGAUAGUGGCCUGUUAUAGAUAUUUUGAGCAUAAAGCAAAACUGAUUAAUGUGUUUUGGCACGAAGAAUACUCUAAAUUGUAGACUUAAUUUCACUACAAGUAACUGAUUUUUACACAAUUCUGCUUAUGAAGGAUAACAAAACAAUGUUUAAUGGACAAUACUGAAAGAUGAAUCUCUGGGGUGGUAUUUGCUCACAAAUUGUGUGAUGUGGUCAGGGUAGAGUGGUGAGUCUUGCCUGUGAUGAAAUUAAGAAGAAUCUCCGUGGCGGCACUCAGGGAAAGAAGGGGCAGGGUUGUGAAUACCUUCCCUAGGAAUGACACUAUUAGGAGGCAGAAUGCAGGUGUAUGGUUGGAGGCAGAAUGCAUUGUGUGG